AUGAUCGUCUUCCCCUCAGCAGCCGAGAAUGAAACCAGUGUUUCGUUGACCGCGAGCGAAAUCCAAGCCAUCUUUCCCAACGGCGUGGAAGUGAAUUUUACCAGCCAUGACAUCCGUGUCCUGCAUCGUCCGUCGUCUGACGUGCUGAUCCUCCAACAAGGAGAUCACAUGGUACGAUUAUAUCUGACCACGCCCGAGUGGGAUUGGCGGCACAAUGUCACGACGUCGUAUUCCUGGCAGUUGAGCAUGGCUUGGAUGAGCGGCCCGAGUACGGAUAUUGCGGCCGAUGGUUGGCUCUACUGGAACCGCGAGAAUACCAUCAACAGUCAAGUACAAGCUAAGAAGGCUCUCUUAUCGGCCGACUCUGUCACGUUGCAUUUCCGAGAACCUGCCCAGCGCAUGUCAAAGUGGGGAUUUGGGAACAAUCCUCCGCCAGAAACCAAAAUUGUUCUGAAAGACGUCUUGAUGGGAGCUCAGGCGGCUGAAUCCAAGCCCUUUCGACCGUGUUCCUUGGGCGUUUGCGAAAUUGUCGAUGGAGUUGUGGUCACUUCGGACAGUGUCGCCGAAGAAGCAUUCAACCUUGUUGGAGGAUCUAAGGGGAUGAUAACACUCUUGGCCAUUCUCAGCUUGGUUGUCCUUGGGUUGGCUAUUGGUUGUGCCAAACGACGUAAAAAGACGACGGCAAAAUACUCCCCUAUUGGAGAUGACACAGAGGCAGAUUCCAGCAACGAUGAUGCUGAUGAAUCUGGGGAAGAGAAUGAGACUACCGCAUGA